AUGAAUGCAGAACCUAGGUGGGACCAACUGUUAACCAAUGAUAUCAAAAGGGAGCUCCACCCUCACACCCUGAUUCGAGUGCCGAAAUCAGAACAAGAUACUGAUCGUUUCGAUUCGCCAAGUCCCGAAGAGCAGAAUCUCAAUGAUAGCAUGCGUGGUCUGAGCUUGGUCCAUCUCCAGAAUCUGAAUCCGACCGUUGUCGAUACAUACAGAAUCGCUAUCCUGGAGACAGUUGGUUUUUGA